AGUUGCUGUGAAAAGGGAUGUCAUGGGAAGCCAGUGAGAGUAAACAUCAGUCUCCAAAGAUAACUACAUCCCUUCUUCCCAUCAACAAUGGCUCCAAAGAAAAUGGGAUCCAUGAAGAACAAGACCAAGAGCCACAGGAUCUCUUUGCAGAUGCCACAGUGGAGCUAUCCUUGGACAGCACACAAAAUAAUCAGAAGAAGGUGCCAGCCAAAACACUCAUUUCUCUUCCUCCUCAGGAAGCCACAAAUUCUUCGAAGCCCCAGCCAACCUAUGAGGAGCUAGAGGAAGAAGAACAGGAGGAUCAAUUUGAUUUGACAGUCGGUAUAACUGAUCCUGAGAAGAUAGGGGAUGGUAUGAAUGCAUAUGUAGCCUACAAAGUUACAACACAGACAAGCUUACCAUUGUUCAGAAGCAAACAGUUUGCAGUAAAAAGAAGAUUUAGUGACUUUCUGGGUCUUUAUGAGAAGCUUUCCGAGAAGCACUCUCAGAAUGGCUUCAUUGUCCCUCCACCCCCGGAGAAGAGCCUCAUAGGGAUGACAAAAGUGAAAGUUGGGAAGGAAGAUUCUUCUUCUGCAGAAUUUCUUGAAAAACGGAGGGCCGCUUUAGAAAGGUACCUUCAGAGGAUUGUAAAUCAUCCUACCAUGUUACAGGACCCUGACGUCAGAGAGUUCUUGGAAAAAGAAGAGCUGCCACGUGCCGUGGGUACCCAGACAUUGAGUGGUGCUGGUCUCCUCAAGAUGUUCAACAAAGCCACAGAUGCCGUCAGCAAAAUGACCAUCAAGAUGAAUGAAUCAGACAUUUGGUUUGAGGAGAAGCUCCAGGAGGUAGAGUGUGAGGAGCAGCGCUUACGGAAACUGCAUGCUGUUGUAGAAACUCUAGUCAACCAUAGGAAAGAGCUAGCGCUGAACACAGCCCAGUUUGCAAAGAGUCUAGCCAUGCUUGGGAGCUCUGAGGACAACACGGCAUUGUCACGGGCACUCUCCCAGCUGGCUGAGGUGGAAGAAAAAAUUGAGCAGCUCCACCAGGAACAGGCCAACAAUGACUUCUUCCUCCUUGCUGAGCUCCUGAGUGACUACAUUCGCCUCCUGGCCAUAGUCCGCGCUGCCUUCGACCAGCGCAUGAAGACAUGGCAGCGCUGGCAGGAUGCCCAAGCCACACUGCAGAAGAAGCGGGAGGCCGAGGCUCGGCUGCUGUGGGCCAACAAGCCUGAUAAGCUGCAGCAGGCCAAGGACGAGAUCCUUGAGUGGGAGUCUCGGGUGACUCAAUAUGAAAGGGACUUCGAGAGGAUUUCAACAGUGGUCCGAAAAGAAGUGAUACGGUUUGAGAAAGAGAAAUCCAAGGACUUCAAGAACCAUGUGAUCAAGUACCUUGAGACACUCCUUUACUCACAGCAGCAGGUAUGUAAGUUGUGUGUGACCUUCAUCCUCUACUGCCUGCUCCAAAGGCCAGCUGCCUCCUCGGGGCUUCUGCAACAAGAUGUGCAGGCCCUGCUUCUGAGGGGCUGGGCCCUCCUAUAGUCCAUCAUUGAAAAUAGGUCCUGCUGCUCUGACAUGGAGCAUCCAACAGGGUCUUUUACCAAGCAGGAGGGCCCGGGUCUGCUGCCCUCAUUCUGAGGUGAGUUAGUUUUUGAGGACAAACCCCAUCUCCCUGUAACUGCUUACCCUUCGAGGAGCCACCCCAUGGUACCACCUGGCCCUCCUGAGGCUGAGGCCUCAUCGGUAUGUGAAACAGUGGCCCCACUGUGAGGAACUAACUGAGCCAGGCAAAGCUGUGGCCACCACAGGGGUGCUCCCUCUGGGGUGGAGCCAAGACUGUCUUCAGAGACUGCCCUUGCACUUGGGGCUCAGUAACUGCUGCCUUCCCUGUCGAGAGGGAGGUGUGAAGGUCAUGUGGCCUGUGCAGCUGCUCAGAGCCUGCCUUUGUGUGGCAGGUGCUUGGGGAGCGCCAGGGUACUGUGCUUGAUUCCUCCCAGGCUGGCUUAGGCUCUGCCACUAGGUGGGGGCACUUGCUUAAUGUCCCCACUUCUUUGCAGCUGGCAAAGUACUGGGAAGCCUUCCUUCCUGAGGCAAAGGCCAUCUCCUAAUGGACCAAGGACCCCAGAGCCCACCUGUGUGACGCUGCCUUUUUAUACACUGUCCUCCUCCACCUUGAUGGACCCCUAGUGAUGCAUCCUGCCUAGGCUGGACUUAACCCCUUCCUCCCUGUCCCCACGACCAACUGUCCCCAGUUACUCUAACCGUUAUUUCAUUUAGCUUCCAUAUAUAUUUUCUUACCUAAGAGAAUAGUUUCCUGCUUUAAGCAAAAGACCUACAAUAGGUGGUGGAAUUAUGGGAUGGGGUGGAGUAUUGAUAUAAAUAUAUAAAUACAAAUGUAUAUUUUUCAGGAUGUGGUUUAGGAACUGGGAAUAACGUUUUCUGUUACUCCUGAUGGUGCCAUGAAAAGGUUAUGUAAUAAAAUAUUUUAAAAUCA